UGUAUAUACGUUAUACGCUUUGUAUUCAAAUAAUAGACACAUCAUAUUUUUGAAAUAGUAUAAACAAAAUUAAAGAGAAACAAAAACAAUAGAAUUCGAUUUUCAUCAGACAGCAUGUCUUUCCUUCGGCGCAUUACAUCCAAACCAGACAUAGCUACAACCUCAACCUCAAAUUCAACAUAUUCAUCACCAAAUUCCGCUGCAAUCCCAACCCCAACCGCAAAUACAGAAACAACCGCUUCUCCUCGAACAGUGGUUGAGGGUUCCUGCGACACACUGGAUACCUUGGACGGCGAUAACGCUCCGAGCACCAGCGGUCAACGGAGGAGAUCCACUCCACUGGGAGCAGACUCUGCCACUCCGGUAAGCACCUGUGCGUUCCGGGUGCGACGAGAGCUGAAUGAGAUCCGCAAGAAUCCGCCGCCUAAUUGCAGUGCCGAUCUGUGCAUGGACAGGCUGCUCCAUUGGACGGCAACCGUGAUCGGUCCCGCCGGUUCCGUCUACGAGGGCGGCCACUUCAAGCUAGACAUCCGCUUUCCCCUGAACUAUCCCUUCCGGCCGCCGCGUAUCCGCUUCACGACUUUCAUCUACCAUUGCAACGUGGACAGCGUGGGGGUCAUCUGUCUGGAUGUGCUAAAUGAGCGCUGGUCGCCGGUGAUGAAUGUAGCCAAAGUGCUGCUCUCGAUCUGGCUGCUGCUGGGAGAGUGUAAUCCAGAGGACCCGCUGGUGAUGUGCAUUGCCGAUCAGUACAAGACCAAUCGCCUGGAGCACGACAGGGUCGCUCGCUUUUGGACCAAGCGCUUUGCCAUGCCUAAAGAGGCCCAGGAGUCCAAGGAUUCAAAGAACACAAAGGACCCGAACGAGCCAAAGGAGUUUGCGAAGCAAAAGGAUACAGAUAAGCAAAACAAUCCUGGGGAGCCCAUGUAAAGGAUGUAACCGAAGAAUGACCAGAGGAGAUUUGUCCAAGCAUCACGGAGCGAAGUUCCGUCCUACCUAAAAACAACUUCAGAUCCUGCUGUCUUUGCGGUCAAUAAACCAUUUCGAUAUCAAUAUGUAA